AUGUACAACGGAGCUACCAGUAAGACAGCGAGGAGUGUGCUCCGGAGUUCCAGUAUAAGCGGAGAGAUGUAUGACAUGGAGAAGAGCAACACUAGCCAGCAGGAAGCUGUGGCGGACAAUGCCAUUAAGAAGAGACGGUCCAGUCUCGGUGCCAAAAUGGUGGCUAUCGUUGGACUGUCGCAAUGGAGCAAAAGUACAACACAACUAAACCAGACCGAAGCAGCUACAAAGAAAUUGCGAAGCAACAUCCGAAGGAGCACGGAGACGGGGAUUGCUAUGGAAAUGAGAAACCGAGUGACACGGCAAGGCAGCAGAGAAUCGACAGAUGGCAGCACCAACAGUAACAGCUCUGAUGGCAAUUUGGUUUUCCCCACAGCACGACUGGGAGCAGAUGGCCAGUUCAGUGAUUUUUUGGAUGGAAUUGGCCCUGCGCAGCUUGUGGGGAGACAGACAUUGGCAGCACCUUCCAUGGGUGAUAUUCAUAUUGGAAUGGCUGACCGAAGUGGUCAGCUAGAGGUGGAGAUUAUUCAAGCCAGAGGACUGACCCCAAAGCCUGGCACUAAAGCUUUGCCAGCUCCAUACAUUAAGGUGUACCUGCUGGAGAAUGGCGUGUGUAUAGCAAAGAGAAAAACCAAGAUAUCAAGGAAGUCCCUGGACCCUGUUUACCAGCAAGCCUUAUUGUUUGAUGAAGGUCCACAGGGGAAGGUCUUACAGGUGAUUGUGUGGGGUGAUUAUGGUCGGAUGGACCACAAGUAUUUCAUGGGCAUGGCCCAAAUCCUGUUGGAGGAGCUUGACCUGUCGACCCUGGUAACUGGCUGGUACAAACUCUUUCCAUCCUCAUCUCUUGUGGACUCGACAAUGGCUCCCCUCACUCGCCGCCUCUCUCAGUCCUCACUGGACAGUAGCACGGGUCCGGCUGGGCACUCUACCUAA